UUUGGGCGGUGGCCUGAAUCACUAGAGUGGGAGAGGGAGAGAGAGAGAGAGAGAGAGCUAGAAAUGGCAGCGGUGGUGAGAGGCGCGAUGAAAUUGAUUAAAGAAAAAGGAAUCGGAGGUUUCUUUAGGGAGAUCCGUGAAGAAGGAUACCUGAGUGCGCUUUUGGAUGGAAAUCUCAUGCAAACGAAGAUUCACAACAUUGGUGCAACGGUGGUGGGUGUUGACAAAUUUGGCAAUAAGUACUAUGAGAAACUUGGAGACACUCAAUAUGGGAGACAUAGGUGGGUCGAGUAUGCUUCCAAGGACCGUUACAAUGCCUCUCAAGUCCCACCAGAAUGGCAUGGCUGGCUUCAUUACAUAACUGAUCAUACCGGAGAUGAGUUGCUCUUGUUGAAGCCAACGAGAUAUGGUGUUGAACACAAACAAAAUUUUUCUGGAGAGGGAGACGAAUACAUCUAUCACUCCAAGGGACAUGCCCUCAACCCUGGGCAAAGAGAUUGGACGCGAUACCAAACAUGGCAGCCCAAGAAGCCUUGAGUCCUCUUGUUUAAAGCAAGCAAAAAAACGGAGCUUGAGAUGUGAAUCAUUUGUCCUACCUUGCCUUCCAUUUAAUAAGAUGCCUGAAUGAACUAUAUGUAGUCAGAUAUGUGGAUCCUUUUCUCUUUUAACUACAUUCAGUGUGACACUUCAUUUUCUGAAUAUUUGUUGUGAGAAUAUGUUUUUGAACAAGUUGCCUUCUGUUCCAUUAUGUAGGAGGAAACUGGGUUCCAGUAUGGUGUAUUUUUGCUGAAUUUUUAGAUUUUUUAAUGUUAACCCUGCAAGGAAUAUGAAUAUUCUUGUGUUA